CAUAUGUCAUCAACGGGCUUGUCUGUCCACGAAUUGUCUCGCCGGGCUGCGUUGGAUCCCACUAGCCAAAGAAGCACUGCAUGAUGACAUGUUCAUGAGCACCGUUGUUGCUGAUACUUUAUUAUCAAGGACGCCUCCCUCCCUUGAUUCUAGCCACAGAGUGCUCAUAGUCACGUCUGGUCUUUACUCUGUUCCCAAGCCACGAUAUCGCAUCCGCCAUGACGAUCACUCAACUCGACUUUGUCACCCUUGACGUCUUCACCAAGACUCCCUACAAGGGCAACCCGCUGGCCAUUGUGCAUCUCCCUCCUCCCACGGCAGCAUCCCCCGCUCUCACCCAGGAGCAGAAACAGGCCAUCGCCCGAGAGUUCAACCUCUCGGAAACCGUCUUCGUCCACGAUGUAGACCCCAAGGACGACCCGGAGCCCCAGACACGCCGCAUCGACAUAUUCAUGACCUCGGUAGAGAUCCCUUUCGGCGGCCACCCUACCGUCGGCACAGCCUCUUACCUCCAGUCCAAGGGAAUUUCGAAGAUCGUCACAAAAGCCGGUCCUGUCCCCAUCACCACCGGUCAGGACCAAUUUGUGAGCGUUUUGGUCCCGCACAAUACGUGCCUUCAUGCCAAAACCAUCGCAAGUCUCAACGCCGAGUCUCGCACAGGGCUUCACCCCUCUCCCGAAAUCAGGGAAGCGGAACUCGGCGCGCCCAUCUUCAGCCCCGUGCACGGCAUCGCCUUCGCCCUCGUCGGCUUGCCUUCGCUGGAACAGCUGUCCCGUGUCUUCGUUGGGUCCUUCGAGUUCAACGCCCUGGAGCUCCUCGGCCCCACCUGGAGCAACUCAUUCAUGGCGAGGUCGUACUAUGUUAUAACCGAGUCGACUACCUCGGGCUCCGUCAGGAACGUCAAGAUUCGAACGCGCAUGAUCGCUUCCAGCUUCGAAGAUUCUGCAACAGGCGCCGCAGCCUGCGCGCUGACAAGCUACCUUGCUCUUCACAAGUUUGAAGAGCUGGAGUUGAAGUACGAACUGACGCAAGGUGUCGAGAUGGGACGGCAGAGUGACAUCUUCGUCACUGUUAAAGUCGAUGUCGACGAAAAGGGAAAAAGAUCGGUCAAGGAGCUCUAUCUUGGGGGCACAGCGAGGAAGAUCAUGAAGGGGACCCUUGAGAUACCACCUUUGUAGCCUGCGGGUGUCACAGUUCCAAGGGGGAGGGCCGAUGAGACGUAGGCCUAGGCUCCGAGCAUGAAUGCACGCCAUCACCGAUCCUAACCGAAGCAAGGAAAUGCCGAUGCCUUAAAUUGCUGGUUGUCUCGUAACUUAGACCAGGACGCCAAGGUUGUCAUCGUAAAACAAUGGAGCCACGCCCUUUGGAAGACAGAGAUCAGAUAGUGGGGUCCGGGGUCCCCCCCCCCCCAUUGAUGGGAUUUCUAAGCAGGGCGUGGACGACACACCACAACGUCCGUUGACGGGCAAGUUGGUCGAUGACUUGGGGUAGCAACAUCAUGUUGAGCUGAAGCCAAGCCUUCCAGCAGCAUCACCACGUAGCAGAGAUGGUGGAACGAAGGGGAACGGAAUCCGGCGGCUCGUUUCUUAUCUUAUUGGGCUCUCAUUAAGUCCUUAAAGCAAACACAUGGUUUCUGUCUAAGUAUAUGAAUCUCUUUGAGCUGCCAUGUCACGGCUGACCAGGGCCAUCAAGAGGGUUUCAUGGGAACAGAAAGGCAAAAUGGCACCUAAUAUUCUGUAAACUCGUACGGCUAUGACCGGCACGAUUGGAUUCUUUGCGCCGUCGAGUACGAGUGGACUAUAGUACAUAAACCUCCGUAACAGUCACUACCUCAGGCAAAUCACCGUGAGGGUCCGCCGCUGCAGCACGUUUGAGC